CCGAACAGAGCAAGAAACAGCAAACAAACAAAGCAAAGCAACAUAUAAACAAACAAACCAAAAAAACCCACACAAAACAAAAAACAAAGCCAGAUCAGCAAGGGGAUGGUGAAGAUCCGAGGUGAAAGAACGGAGGUGAUAGUGGCGAUGGUGGAUCUGUAGAAGAGAGAAAAAUCAAGUACUCACUCACACACAGGCACCUAGACCGAGACCGACCACCAUUAAUUAAAAUAAAAUCAUCAUCACCACAGCUUUGAUUCCAGGGACCGACCACCGCACCCAACUCCACCAUUCCCCACCACUGAAUUCCGCCGCAGAUCCUCCGGCUCACUUUCCCAAAUGCCCAAAUAAAAUACAACCCUACUUCAUCUCCGUUUUUUAAAACCACCGCAGAAAUCCAUGGUCAUGGAUUCUAUUUCUAUCACAACAAACAAGCCGCAACAGCAACCCAAGAAGAAGAGCUGGUUGCUGAUCUUGACCUUCUCUCUUCUGCUUUCCACUCUCCUCAUCACCAUUACAGUCACCUCCACCUCUUCCCUCUUGUACUACGCUCGCACCAGCGCAAGCGGCAAGAACCCAGUUCCGGAGUUUGUGGAAUCCAAGCUACAUGUGGCGCCCACAUCUCGUGUCCCGGUUCCCAAGCUGGCUUAUUUGAUUUCUGGGUCGGCAGGAGACGGUGAGAGCUUGAAGAGGGCGCUGAGGGCGCUGUACCAUCCCAGGAACCAGUACGCGGUGCAUCUGGAUUUAGAGGCCUCUGCGGAGGAGAGGCUGGAGGUGGCGAGCUUUUUGAGGAACGAGCCGAUCUUUGCCGAUGUGGGAAAUGUGAGGAUGGUCACCCGGGCUAAUCUGGUGACGUACAGAGGCCCUACGAUGGUUACCAAUACACUUCAUGCGGCAGCCAUUUUGUUGAGGGAAGGUGGGGACUGGGAUUGGUUUAUCAAUCUGAGUGCUUCAGACUAUCCCUUGGUCACUCAAGAUGAUAUGCUUCAAACAUUGUCAGGCAUACCAAGAAACCUCAAUUUUAUUGAGCAUACCAGUGACAUUGGUUGGAAGGAGUAUCAGAGAGCCAAGCCUGUUAUAAUUGAUCCAGGGCUUUAUAGCCUGCAAAAAUCUGAUGUUUUUUGGGUGUCAGAGAAGAGAAGUGUUCCCACUGCUUAUAGGCUAUUUACAGGUUCUGCUUGGAUGAUGCUUUCUCGCCCUUUUGUGGAGUUCUGUUUAUGGGGGUGGGACAACCUCCCAAGGAUAGUCCUUAUGUAUUAUGCCAACUUUCUUUCUUCACCUGAAGGGUACUUUCACACAGUAAUCUGCAAUGCUGAUGAAUUUCGAAACACAACUGUAAAUCAUGACCUCCAUUUCAUAUCGUGGGACAACCCUCCGAAACAACAUCCACAUUUCCUCACCAUUGAUGACUUCCAGAGGAUGGUUGACAGCAAUGCUCCCUUCGCUAGGAAAUUUGGCAGGAAUGAGGCAGUUCUUGACAAGAUUGACACUGAACUUUUGGGCCGUAGCACUGACGGGUUUGUGCCAGGUGGGUGGUUUGGUAGGGAAGGAAAUUCAAACCUAAGUGUACAUGUGAAAAGAAAUGAUACUGAACUUAGGCCUGGUCGCGGUGCUGAAAGACUAAAAACUCUCAUCGGCAGUUUGUUAUCAGCAGAGGAUUUUCAAUCAAAGCAGUGCACCUGACGUGAGAAAUUAAGAGAAACAUCUUUCAUGGAACUCAAAGUCUUUAGUCACACGCUUACACUAACUAGACGGAUAAAUGGUCCCCCUGGAAUUGAAGCACUGCUUAUGAACCAGGUAAUGAGGCUAUAAGAAGCCAGAAGAGGGAGAUAAAUAACAAUCCAAAGUAUAUGCCUAUACCUCAAAUAUUUUUGUAGUUCGAUCACUGUAUCUAAUUUAGUUGGUGUAGAUGAUUAAUAAGAUCUGAGUAUUGUACUUUCAUCUGUUUAUGUAUUCUGCAAUUUUUUUAUCUUGG